AUGGACGAAGAGCGAGCACUGAGAGGCAGGAUUCGCCGUCUGCAAGGACGUGCCAGAGUGCUCGAACGGGAGCAAGAUCAAAUACUCGAACGACUUGGGGAUGUUUGGGCAGAUCUACACGAGGUAAAAUGGGAAAUAAACGAAUGCUUUAGAGAUCUCGGAGAGAUAGCUUCGAACCGACCAGCACUCGCACCAGUAGUUACACCAGCCGCCGCAGUGACACUAGAGGCUGUCCCCACACCUACGCCCACAGCUCGAUCUGCUGCAAAUCGCGCUCUUACUCAAGACGGAGUUGUUUCUCGGGCAGAUGCAUCAGUAGCACCUGAUAUUGUUGCUCCCGCUCACCAUAGGCGCUCAGGAGGCAGAGCCGGUAGCAUCCAGACCUUCGAGUCUUCUCACUACAGCGUGGCCGAGCUUCGGGCUAUUGAACCGGAAAGCCCAUUGGCGGACAACCCAUUUCUUCCCCAUUCAUCUGAUUCCACUGGGCUUCUCAGUCGAAAUGGGAUUAUGUCUAGCCCCAAGGUUGACCCUCAAUCUUCUAGCGACAAGCCUCGGGCGGGUGUUAGCGCCUCAAACCAAGAUAUGUCGGCAGUCAUCCAACAAACGGGUGCUGAUUUUACCUCCGGCAGCAGAGGAUAUGCAGGUCCCGCCACCGAAGAAGAGAUGUCCCAGCUAAGAGGAAUGAAGAAGUUGUCCAAGUACCCGACCGUUGUGCGGGACCAUGAGGGCAAUUGGAAGGAGCUGCAUUGCUAUAUUUGCAACGGUAAUGCCAUCAAGAUCCGUCUUAGCUCCCACACCACUUCCUUCCCCAAAGGAGUCGAUGAGUUCCGAGACCAUGUAAAGCAUAUUCACUCCGUGUCCGUGAAGGACGAAGAAGUUACUACGUUGUGUUUUCUCCGGGCUUGGUCUAUGCCCGAGGUUCUCUCCGUAUUCCGAGGGAAUGUGGACGCUUGUGUUGUCACUCGCAAAGAAGCUCCUCCGCAUCCGAAUCAACUACGCCAAUUGCUCGCAAUGCUGACGCCAAUUGCUCGCAAUGCUGCUUCCAAUGAUGUUUCCAAUGCCAACGCUGCGUCUUCCAGUGCUCCUCAGCUUCACCAACAUACAUCGAUUUCCGGCCCUAUCGACAUCCCCGAGUGGCUUGGAUGCAUUAUUACCUGCACAGAUGGCUCAUAUCUGGAGCUUAGGUGUGUAUUCUGCGCCGCAAACACCACCUUGCUGCUCUCCGAAGGCGAACCCCGCUCCUACUUCCGGGGCAUAAUGGGAUUGAGAUAUCACCUUCAGAAGGGCCACAACUAUCUAGCGCCCAAAGGCGAUAUCGCCAACUGGAUUGCGAAGCUCUGUUGGAAGCGUGUAGUUCCAUCGAACGAACUCUGGGAAAUGAUUGCGAAAGGCCCGCGUGGAGAACCAGGUCAACUUCUCCCUUUUCCACCGCCAAGUGGUAGAAAAUGGGGCAUAGAGGACUAG